CACACCGCACUGCCGGCGGACAGUGUGACAUUAGCCCGCACAGACCCGCCACGGCACCCCGCGUAAAUAAACUGUAAAUACCCAGUGUUUCCAAAUUUCAACGCCGAAUUGAUAUGGCAGAGACUCUGUCAUAAUCAGCGGACACUUCAAUUGAAUCAAAAUGAUCGACCCAAGCUCAUCUGAAGAGGACAGUGAUGAUGAACACAAGAAGCAGACCGCGAAAUUACCAGUUGUUCCUCCCGGUUCAUUGGCUGGUGGUGGCAGGCCAUCAGUGCGGGGUAAACCAGAAAUACCUCGGGGUUCUACUGCCGGGCUACCACCUGGCGCAAGUCCUCUAACUACUGCACCCCUCGCCGCCCCCCUCCACCCUGCAACCAGACAGAGGGAGGUGCAAGCCCUCGCCCCCCCACAACAUGCAUCGUUCCUUCGCAGGACGUCGACGGGGAGCGCAAGCUCUGGUGAGGCGCCGGCUCCAUCACCAAGCCCUUCUGGAACUAGCCAUUCAGAUAAAGAUCAGGAUCCGCAGGAAAAGAUCGAAAAGAUAGAAGAGGACAAGAAGAGAAGGUUGCAACUGUACGUAUUCGUUUCACGAUGUAUUGCGCAUCCGUUCAAUGCUAAACAGCCAACUGACAUGACGAGACGCCAUACCAAAGUGACUAUGCAUCAGUUGGAGACGAUACAAGCCAGAUUUCAGGCCUUCCUCAAAGGAGAAACGCAAAUCCUGGCUGAUGAAGCUUUCCAAAAUGCAGUUCAAGCCUAUUAUGAUGUUUUUCUGAAAUCUGAAAGAGUUGAGCAAAUGGUGAAAGCUGGUGCAUGUACCCAUAAUGAUUUCCGCGAAGUAUUUAGAAAUAACAUUGAAAAGCGUGUUAAUGAAUGCAUUUUCAAAUCUCAAGCUGAAAUAGAUGGUUUAACAAAAGACACGGUUGUAACAACAUGGUUGGCGAAGCUCGACUGCAUCAUGAAGGGAACGGGAAUACCAGGCAUACCAGGAGACGACGAGUCGAAGCGGCCGUCCCGCGCGCAGCAGCAGAGCCUCAACGCGGAGUGCAUCCUCAGCAAGGAGCAGCUGUAUGACAUGUUCCAGCAGAUACUAGGGGUCAAGAAGUUCGAGCAUCAGCUGCUUUUCAACGCGCUGCUUCUGGAUUCAGCUGAUGAACAAGCGGCAGCUAUUAGAAGAGAAUUAGAUGGCAGAAUGCAGAAAGUCAAUGAAAUGGAGAAGAAUCGCAAGUUGAUGCCGAAGUUUGUUCUGAAAGAAAUGGAGUCACUCUACAUAGAAGAACUGAAAUCUUCCAUCAAUAUGUUGAUGGGCAAUCUUGAGUCUCUGCCCGUCUCUAAGGGCGGGGCAGACUCAAAAUAUGGCCUCCAUAAAAUCAAGCGGUAUAAUCACAGAAAUGCUGGACCAGACCCGAGUCCAAGGUUGAGUAAGCAGCUAUGUUUCAGAUCACAAGGAUCUCUAGCGAACAAGUUAACUGGUGAAGGUGACAGCGGUGACGUCGACACACAGCUGACUAAAAUGGAUGUGGUUCUUACUUUUCAAAUUGAGGUAGUGGUUAUGGAAGUUAAAGGCCUUAAAUCUUUAGCGCCCAAUAGAAUUGUCUAUUGUACUAUGGAAGUAGAAGGAGGUGACAAACUGCAAACUGAUCAAGCUGAAGCAUCGAAACCAAUGUGGGAUACCCAAGGGGACUUCAGUACAACUCAGCCAUUACCAGCUGUCAAAGUGAAACUCUACACUGAGAAUCCAGGCGUCUUAGCAUUAGAAGAUAAAGAACUAGGAAAAGUUGUUUUGCGACCUACACCCUUAUCUAGCAAGGCACCAGAGUGGCAUCGCAUGACGGUACCGAAGAAUCUUCCUGAUCAAGAUUUAAGGAUCAAAAUAGCUUGUCGAAUGGACAAACCUCUGAAUAUGAAGCAUUGCGGCUAUCUUCACGUAAUCGGCAAAGCGGUCUGGAGGAAGUGGAAGCGAAGAUACAUGGUGCUGGUGCAAGUGAGCCAGUACACCUUCGCACUUUGUUCGUACAAGGACAAGAAGUCGGAACCCGCGGAGAUGAUGCAACUUGACGGGUUCACUGUUGAUUAUAUUGAACUGGCUAGUGCUCAACUUAUGGUCGGUCAAGAACUGGAAGGCGCGAAAUACUUCAUGAACGCGGUACGCGAUGGGGAAUCAGUUCUCUUGGGGGUGAGCGAUGAGAACGAAUGCCACUUGUGGGUGAUGGCGCUGUAUCGAGCUACGGGACAGAGCCAUAAACCCACACCGCCUACCACUUCGGAUACGCAUAUUAAGAUUAUGGGUGAUGCUGAUAAAGCUCGUAAGCAUGGAAUGGAAGAUUACAUCCAAGCUGAUCCUUGUCAGUUUGACCAUCAUCAACUGUUCUCGAUUCUACAAUCUCUUACGCUGAAGUAUCGUCUUCAGGAUCCUUAUUGUUCUUUGGGCUGGUUUUCCCCUGGCCAAGUUUUCGUCCUAGACGAAUACUGCGCAAGAUACGGAGUACGAGGAUGUUACCGACACUUGUGUUUCCUCUCCGAUUUGCUAGAUGUGGCUGAAAGUGCCACACAAAUGGUGGACCCGACUCUAAUGCACUAUUCCUUCGCAUUUUGCGCUAACCACGUACAUGGGAACAGUACGGCCACGUUGCCUGGCAGGCCCGACGGGGUGGGCAGCAUCACGGUCCAGGAGAAGGAGAAGUUCGCGGAGAUCAAGGAGCGCCUCAAGACACUGCUCCAGCAUCAGAUCACUAACUUUAGAUAUGCGUUCCCGUUUGGGAGGCCGGAGGGCGCUUUGAAGGCGACAUUAUUACUCUUAGAAAGAGUUCUAAUGAAGGAUGUUGUGACUCCAGUAGCACCAGAAGACGUUAGAACCCUGAUCCAAAACUGCUUGGAAAACGCCGCGUUACUUAACUAUACGACGUUAAGCCAAAAAGCUAAUAUCGAAGAGGAUCUACGAGGCGAUACAAUGGUGACGCCAGCGAAGAAAUUAGAAGAUCUGAUACGUUUGGCUGAACUUUGUGUUGAUCUGUUACAACAAAACGAAGAACAUUAUGCUGAGGUUUAUAACGCAAAAUCGGAAUCAACCGGUCAACAAAAUGCAUUCGCGUGGUUCUCCGACCUUCUUACGGAGCACGCGGAAAUAUUCUGGGCAUUAUUCGCCGUUGAUAUGGACAGGGUUUUAGCUGAACAACCACCAGACACUUGGGAUUCAUUCCCGUUGUUCCAAAUACUUAAUGACUAUUUGCGCGCCGAGAGUAAGAUGAAAGAAACCCUAAGAAACGGUCGGUUCCACGAACAUUUGCGGGACACAUUCGCGCCACUUGUGGUGCGAUAUGUUGAUCUGAUGGAGUCGUCUAUUUCGCAGUCAUUGCAUAAAGGCUUCGAAAAGGAGCGCUGGGAAAUUAAAGGAAACGGCUGUGCAACAAGCGAAGAAUUAUUCUGGAAGUUAGAUGCUCUACAGAGCUUCAUCCGCGACCUGCAUUGGCCAGAACCAGAGUUUCGUUCGCACCUGGAACAGCGGCUCAAACUGAUGGCCAGCGAUAUGAUGGAGACCUGCAUACAGAAGACUGAAGCUGCUUUCCAGUCAUGGCUGAAGAAAAGCGUGACAUUCAUGUCAACUGACUACAUCAUACCGGCUGAGAUCUGCGCCAUGGUGAAUGUAGCACUUGACGCUAAGAACCAAGCGCUGAAGCUGUGUGCUGUGGAAGGCGUGGAUAUCUACCAGUACCAUGCUAAAAUGGAUGCCCAGAUCGAGACGUGUCUGCAUGCAAUGGCGACCGGCAUGACCACGAGACUCUCUGCUGUGUUGGAGGCCACGCUUGCUAAGAUCGCGCGCUUCGAUGAAGGAAGUUUGAUCGGGUCUAUUCUUACCAUCGCGAAUGUUUCUGGAUCGGGGAAGGACAUCGGCCAGGGAUACGUUAACUUUAUGAGGAAUUCCAUGGAUCAGAUUAGAUCGAAGGUGACAGACGAACUGUGGAUACUGCAGCUGUUCGAGCAGUGGUACGGCGUGCAGAUGAAUCUCAUCGGCAACUGGCUGCAGGAGCGCCCCGCACUGCACCCGCAGCAAGUCGCCUGCUUGUCUAUUGUUGUUAAGAAAAUGUACAGCGACUUCGAACUCCAAGGCGUGAUAGACGACAAGCUGAACUCCAAGACCUACCAAGCUGUUGCUGCUCGCAUGCACACUGAAGAAGCAACAUGCAGCUUGUUGCUCGCGCAACAGGAUACAGGCGGCGGAGACGAAGGAUCAGAAGAUGGUUCCAAGGCUGGAAAGUCCAAAUUGGAAUCACUUACAGAAGACGCGAAGCUUGGAAAUGUGUCUGCUGUGGUCGGGAAGAUGGGCAACAUGUUCGGGCGCGGGAUCGGCGAGUUGUCCACAAAGUUGGGAGGCGCUUCAUCUUGGUUUUAGCGUUUUAACGUUCCACAAACACAUUAUUAUGUCAUGUUCCAUUCCUUUGCAUUUCGUGGCGUAAUGUGAUCGAGACAUUAUUUAUUUUUAAAUUUCGAAAGUCGUUGUUAUUCGACUCACUGUGAUGUCAAAAUUCUAACAUUCCUUUGCAUUCAUCUAAUUCGCGCCAUUUUGAAGUAUUCCGCGCAAAAUGGCGGCACUUAAUCGUAAGCGAACGUAGCUUAGUUUAUCUAGUAUUAAAGUAGAUUUUAUUUUAUAAAAAGCUUUAUGUACAGUUACCUAGUGAAUUCGUUUGGAGCAAAUAAUAUGUAUUAGGUGUGAAUAUAAGAGUAGUAUUUGAUAUCACAAUAAUUGAGUAUAAAAAUAUUAAUUAGAUGUGGAAGCAUAUUAUUACAUAAUAUUAUUAUUAUAAAGUAACACAUGCAGUGCUAACAAUAAUAAAACAUAUCGCUUUGUGCAAAAUAUAAUAACUUCGUUAUAAUCCAUGAUAAACGGUAUUUACAAAAAUAUUAUAAUUAUUUAACAUGGUAACAAUUUAUUGGGUCGGUGACGAGAAUGAAUGAAGAAAAUAUUAUAUUUUAUUUUAUCUGUUUUCUCUUGAAUAUUCUAUCUAAUUUAUUAAUCCUUGUAAUGAAAACUGUUUUGCUCAUCGAUAGAUAUAGCUGUAAACGUUUUUAAUAGUAAUUAAAUGACAAUUUUCAACGCUACCAUUUUCUAUUCUAUAAAAUCAAUAUUUUUCUAACGUAAGUAUUAACAAAUUUUGAAACAUUCUUUUAAAUCCUCCUAGCAUACUUACUUAAAUUCAAAACAGUUCAAAUUCGUAUAUUUUUAAAAGGUUCACGGUUGAGCUAUGGCGCGAAAUAUUUAGUAAAUGUCAACGUAAUCAGAGUCCUGUGAUGCCAGUUAUAAAAUUACAAAAGUAAUGGGGAAAAACCAUUUAGUAUUGGCCUUUUCAAAAUAAACGAAUGUUUAAUAAUGUUUUGCUGUAGUGUAAAACUCAAUAGUUUCAAAUUCUCUAUUCUUAUAGAUCUAUUUUUAAAUAGAUCAAAUUUAGUCAUCAGUUUUACGACGUACCUAAUAAAAAAUAAUUAAUCUAGUUACAUUUGUUAACAAAAAAUACUAUUCUUCUACGCUAUUAAAGUUAUAAAUUUUGAAUGACUAGCGAAAAUUUAAAAAAAUCUUAGAUAAAAUGUUACUCUUUAAAAUAGCGGUUAGAUACGCUGAUUUGCCUCUAUAACUUAUUUGAAAUGGCUCGUGGGGUUUAUGACUCAUAUCAUUUCAUGAAACGAACAUUUUAUGUAUGUAUAUGCUUUUCGAUAU